AUGAAAUUCUCAACCACCGCCACCCUUCUGGCGGCCAUUACGGCCGUUCUUGCCCUCCCCACAAGCCUGCCGCUACACAAGGAAGGCCACGUUGCGCCGGGAUCCGGCAACGAACUCUCGCUCCGGAACUGGACUGUGCCGUCCGACGUCGCGACGGCGCAUGCCAACGAUCCGCACCGUCGCGUGCAGCGCGGCCUUGCUGCCGCAUCCCCACGGACGCCGGGGGUGGAGAUCAGGGGUACGGGUACGGAGCUGAAGGGCGUGCGCUUCGAUCCCGCGACAAGAACGAUGGUCGCCGUCGAGGUGCUUGUGGAGGAGUCCCGCGCCGAGAAGCGCAACGUCGACGAACAGGAGCAGGUCCAGCAGGAGGCGACCAAAGAAGGGGGAAUUGAGCAGGACCGACUCGAACAGCACGAUGCCGAGCAAGACCACGAUGGAAACUACGAGUGCGACCGAGAGGAUAUCGACCGGGACCCGGUAUGUCGUGAGCGCCUCAGAAAGUUUUAUCUUCGAUAUCUGGUCUGGCUCUGGUUCAUCCCCGCGGGCGUUUUUGUCAUGAUAAUCGCUAUCGGCCCCAUUCUUGAAUGGAGGGACAAGCGAAAGGCUCGAAUGGAGAAAGGAGAUCAUCCUGAGUGGUAUGGUAGCAAGGGCUCCCACAAGCAGGGCAAGCAAAGCAAGCAGGAGGUUCCGAUGGCACCUUUCCUGGUACACACUUAA